AUGGACGUCGCUGUUGUGCCAAAGUUCUACACGGAGUCGGACCAUCGCCUCCUACGAGGAAGAUUUUCCUUCACAAGGAGAGCAGAGAAAGCCGCCAAGUUCAGAGAGCAAAAUCUCAGAACUAUUAUUAACUGGAAUCUCUUCGCUACGCUCCCCGGUUUUUGGGAAGAUUCCGCAAUGGACAACAUCGACGAGGAAUAUGACCGGCUCGUUGAACACCUUCACGACAGCACGCAGAGGGCUAAGAGUUUCAAAACCUUUUGCAAGUUGUCGCUAAAUUAG